AUGGCUCUCUGGUUUCUGCUCUUAUUCCUGACCUUGACUUUCGGCGUAGUUUCGGCGGAGCGCUUUGAUGAGUACGUCAAAGAUGUCGAGAGGGGGAAACUGUUUACGGAGGGAGGCAACGAGUGGUUGCGGGCCGCUGUUAAAAACGUCGAGGAGCAAAACGAGGACAAAGUUGUGCUGUACCACGUGUUGCCGCUGAACGGCUACCUGAUGGCUUGGCUGGUGCAUGGCAUCACGGCCAAAGAGAGCUUGCAGUGGCAGAACACACCGGGCGUUUCUACUGAGCUGGACUUCAGUCUCCGCCACUUUGAACCUGGCAUGAGCUUUCCGUCCUUCACGCGGCACAAUGCAUCCCUCUGUGUUGCAGACUGGAACAAAAAAGUGCGCGAGGCCGAUCCGAACACAGCGAAGGUCCUUGGCGAUGGCGAUCGGAGCAACUACUUCGGGUUAAAAAAGAGACCCUACAAGAUCACAUACGGCACGACAUCCAAGGAAUAUGAUGACUGCCACGCCCUCGUGUAUUCUGAGCUGGUGGAGGACAACAAGAAGAAUGGCCCGCUACUGGAGGAAAGAGCCCUGGCAAAUGUCCGCACGGCCAAGCAGUUCGUCGAGUACUUGGACGACAAGGUCGGUGAGAAGUGGCAGGACGCGUCUUUCCCUAAUGAAAUGGCCGGGAUGACGACAGUAGGUGUCCAAGACAGACUGCUCGAUGCACAGAUCAACUUGCUUGGCCGCGCGGCUCUCGGGCCGAAGCAAGACGCAAUGCCAAGCAUGUGGGCGCACUUCACCGACUAUAUGUGGGUGUAUGACGACUUGAAUGCCGACCAU